CUGUGUCGGCGUGCCGCUUGAACGCGACGCAAGGUGGUAAACCUGUAGCUAAACUCUGGUUCUGCUGUCUGAGAACCGACCCACGAUGGAGCUGAGUGCAGGACGGAGCCGCCGCAGCUCCGUGGUAGCCGGUGGAUACGAUGAGUUCUUCACGCCGACAGAUGGCAUCACCUCCCAGCCGGAUGGUGAGCGCUCGCCAGCCGCCAAACGUCGCGGCUCCGGCAGGGCCACGGAGUUUCGGAACGAUGUGGAUGGUACUGGAUCCAAAAAGGGCAGUAGAAGAACGAGCAAUGAUCGGACGAUGUCAGUUCGGCGGAAGGCCUCGGCACACGGAAGAGACAUCAGGAGGCUGGUACCUGCUAGUGGCGCUGGCUCGGCGGACAGCGCGCCGCUGGGCGUCAGGAGCACCGUCAGCGGCUUCCUCGACGGAAACUACUACACGUCCAACGACUCCGUGCCCCUGGUGCAUGUGUCGGAGAGCUUCAGCCGGCUGUUCCAACACACGUCCGAUGAGGACACGGACAGCGAGGUGGAGGAGUUCAUGGAUAAGAAGUACGGCACCGAGGCCAAAAACCUCCGGGACGCGCUGAAGCUGAACUUUAAUAUCCGUAAAACCGCCACUGGUAUUCCGCGUAUGGAAGGCCACAUGCGGCUCCCAGACCGUAAGACGGCUCAGUCGGACGCCAAGGACCUGUUGUACCGGGGCACUAGUUACCUGGUUGAGGCGCCGCUGCGCCUGGAGAGGUCGACGCGCGCCCUCACCCGCACCGCCAUCGCCAGAGCCGUGGACGGGGAGCGCUCGCGCCGCAUGUCCGAGAUCCAGUCGCGGGGCGCAGCCGUAUCGUCCGGCUGGCUGGAGGUGCAGCGACAGCUGAAGCAGGUGGCGCGCCUGGCCGAGGAGGAGGAGAACGAGGCAACCAUCGCUGCUACGCAGGCCACCGAGGGGCAGAUGGACCUGGUGCGAGAGCAGCUGGUACGGGAGGUGCACCGCAAGACCGUUCGUGAGGAGGUGACAGAGGCGCAACAGUGGAAACAGAUGUUCUUCAAGGGUAUCGCCAAAAACAAGCUGUCUCCGGAGGCCAUGGAGGCGGUGGCGUCGACAAGCGAGCACAUGUCCUCGGUGCUGAGCGAGCUGUCUGAGGCCUUCUCGUGCAGUGAGCUGGACGAGGGCUCGCGGGAGGAGGUGGCGGUGGAGCGCUCACUGGACCUGAUGGACGCUUGCCUCAACGAGCUGUUACGCUGUGUCCUCAUACAAACUAUCAAUAUCGAGGUCACCAUAGAGAGGGAGCGUCAGAUGCAGGAGUUCAAGCGGGGGCGUCCGGCGGCUGCGCGGAAGAGCCAGUCGGACGACGGGCCUGACGUGGGCUCGACCAAGCAGGAAAUCGGCAACUCGGUCGCCAAGAUCUUCAAGCGUGUCAACGACCGAGAGAUAAGGCGGGAGGAGCGCGUAAUCGACAGGGCGUCUGAGUACAAAUGCCUCGUUCAGGAGGACCUUAUCAGAAAGGUCUGGCAGCGUCGCGUGACGAGACUAUGCAGUCAUGAGAAGGCGCGCCGCAUCAUCGAGGCCGAGGACCCGGCCACCAUGGAGGACCCGACGCGCAUCGCCGUCAGCGACCACUGGGUCCGCGUGCAGGCCCAGAUGGUCAUCGACAAGUUCAGGGCCAAGAAGCCAAUGAACCGAUCGCUGAAGGAGGUGUUGCACACGGAAGGCGGCGAGCAGACCUCGGUGGGCAGCGCACUGGAUCGGCGCCUGCGCGCCGUCAGAAACCGCUUCAGGCGCCCGGCCGUCUACGUCUGUGACGAGGACGACACGUUUAUCGUGGAGCGGGCCCGGCAGCGGACCAGACUGACAUCUCCGGUGCAGGGCCGUCCCGGCAGCCGCAGCUCUCUCAGGAGUCAGCCCUCGGCCCGGUCGCGACGGCCGUCCUCCUCCAGCACCUCCCGCAGCCCGUCCCCGCAACGCAAACGGAGGACGACACGAGCACCGGCGGCGCAUAAGCCUGGUCGCAAGGCACCAACAGCACGCAGACCUGAUCGUCAGCCGUCGGCAGCGCACAGCUCAAACUACAAGAUACCGACGGUCCGUAGUUCCAUUCGUCAGGAGUCCGCAGCACGCAGCCCGAGUCGUCAGUCCACUGCAACUGCACGAAGCGCUGGUCAACAGUCCUCCUCCGGCCAGCGCAGUCAAAGCCGUCAGUCGUCCUCGGCUCAGCGCGGCGCGAGCCGUCAGCAGUCCACGCCGCGAAGCGGCCAGUCGGCGUCGUCGCCGUCGCCGGCCGGCAUCCUCAAGAACACCGGCGAGGACAGCCCGCGUCGCGGCCGGCCGGCGGCCACCUCGGCCGGCUCGCAGCGGGAGCGCGCGGCAGGGGACGCGCCGCAGUCGAAGCAGCGGCGGAGCGCAUCCGGCGCGCCAUCAGCGCGCCGCGCAGCGAGCCGAACGCAUCGCGCGCAGACGGGCGACGGUUUUGUGGAGGUGGUGUCGCCCCGGCGCAUGGCGCCAGACGGGCCGAUGUCGGCGUCCAGUCGGGCCCAGCGCCACAAAAGCAGCAAGGCGGGCGGGUCCCGGGAGGAACGCCGGCAGGUCGCAGACCAGCGCGAGCAAGACCGCAACAAGCGACCGGAGAAGAAACGGAGCAGGAGCCACAGCCAGGUCGAGGGCCAGUACAGGUCACACUGGACGGCUCGCAUUCGGAAGUGA